AUGACUUGUUUAGGUGGAUUUAUCGUUUCGAUCAUUGGUGCUAUCAUGUUUAUAUUUGGAAAUGUAGUAUCAUUUGCUUUUCUUUAUGUAUUAGGUAUCGUGAUCUCAAUGGCUGGUACUGGAUUUUUAAUUGGGUUCGGUAGGCAGAUCAAAACGAUGUUUAAACCGGUUCGAUUAAUCGCUUCAAUUCUAUUCCUCAGUUGUAUUAUCAUGGUCUUCGUCUCAGCGUUUGUCCUGAAAAUGGAUAUCUUAGUCAUCAUCUUUGCUAUUUUAACUUUCUUCGCUUAUACUUGGUAUUCACUCUCAUAUAUCCCUUAUGCAAGAGCUUUAGUAACAAAAGUAGUUUCAUCAGCUGUUUGA